AUGGGUGGCCAGGGAGGGCGCGGCGGUGAGCGGCCAUCUGUGGCCAGGGAGGGCGCGGCGGCGAACGGUGGCCAGGGAGGGUGCGGCGGGGAGGGCGCGGCGGCGAACGGUGGCCGUGGAGAGGCGAGCGGUGGAGGGGCGGCGAGAAGGAAGGGGGCGAGACGAACGGCGGUGUGGCUCUCCUCCGGCGGCGGCGUGGCUCCUCCGGCGGUGGCGUCGAGGGCGAUGUACUGGCCGGCGUCGAGGGCGACGGCGGCAGCCUUCGGGGCGCGGCGAGAUGAGGACGGCGAGUCGAAGAACCGGAAGAAGAUGAAGUGGGCGCACGGCGCGUGA